AUGGGCCCCAUUCAGAUUCCCAUCGACGCGAUCACCUCCCGGUUCGGUGAUCGCUUCAACAGCGUUCGCGCCCAAUCCCUGAGCACACGCUUCGCAAAUCUCAAACCUAUCUCGGAAUUCCUGGAUAUCAAGCGCAUGUCGAAACCUGCGAACUUCGGCGAAGUCCAGAGUCGUGUGAACUACAACCUGUCUUAUUUCUCCAGCAACUAUGCCGCGGUCUUUGUGAUGCUCUGUCUCUACAGCUUGCUGAGCAAUCUGCGGCUACUGUUCGUCAUCGUCCUGGUCACCGGAGGCCUGUAUGGCAUUGGUAAACUCCAGGGCCGUGAUCUGGAUUUGGGGUUCGCCCGUUUCACCACGUCUCAGUUGUACACUGGUCUGCUGGUUGUUGCGAUUCCCACGGGUCUCAUGGCGUCCCCAUUCACAACCAUACUCUGGCUCGUUGGAGCUACGGCUGUGACCGUGUUCGGUCACGCCUCAUUUCUGGAUAAACCAAUCGAGAAUGCUUUUUCCGAGGAGGCGGUCUAG